AUGCUCGCCCCAACUCUGCGCACCACACUCCUCUCGUCCCGCGCACUCUCCCGCCGCACCUACGCUUCAGUAGGCGGCUCGACCUCCCAACCCAUCGCAGACGGAGCGAAGGACCUCGGUGGAAAGGCGCAGGACAACUCGAUGAAGAUUGUGUUGGCCGCGGCACUGGCGGUGGGUGGAGGGGCGGUGUGGUGGAAGAGUGCGAAGACCGAGGAUCCCCUCAAGCCGCCUAUUACGCAAAAGGCUUCGUCAGACCAGCCGCAGUUGCAGAAGAAGACGCCCGCAUGA